AUGGACAAUGAAUUAUAUGAUGAAUCUAAACCCUGGGCUUUUGUAUCUGUCAUUCCCUCUGUAGGCAGCUCACUGUAUUGUGAGGAAGAAAUGUCCAACCAAAGCUCUGUGUCUGAAUUUAUCCUCAUGAGAUUCUCUGAUGCUUGGGAGUUGCAGAUUUUGUAUUUUGUCAUGUUCCUAGUGAUUUACCUCAGUGCCCUGAUGGGGAACCUUCUCAUCAUCAUGGCUGUAGUUUUUGACCACAACCUCCACAACCCUAUGAACUUCUUCCUGAUGAACCUGUCCAUCCUGGAUGUUGGAACUAUUUCCAUAAUGGUCCCCAAAGCCAUGGCCAACUCACUGAUGAACACCACAACAGUCUCCUAUGCUGGGUGUGCCACCCAAGUGUUUUUCUUUAUCUUCUUCUUGGGAGCAGAUUUUUCUGUUCUUACCAUAAUGGCGUAUGACCACUAUGUUGUCAUCUGCAAGCCCUUGCAUUAUGAGAUGGUCAUGAACAGAAGAUCAUGUGUCCAGAUGGCAUCCAGUGCCUGGGUAGUAGGGAUACUUAACUCUACCAUGCACACUUGGAACAUGUUUGCAUUCACCUUCUGUGAAGGCAAUGUGGUGGACUUGUUCUUCUGUGAAAUCCCCCAACUCCUCAAGCUUUCUCGCUCAGACACAUAUUUUAGGGAACUCUUUCUGUUGUUUUUCAGUUUCUCCUUAAUUUUUUUCUGUUUUAUUCUCAUCGUUGCAUCCUACAUUCAGAUCUUUAGUGCAGUCCUGAGAAUCUCCUCAGAGCAGGGCCGACAUAAAGCCUUCUCCACCUGCCUUCCUCACCUCAUUGUGGUUUCCUUGUUUGUCUUUUCUAGUACAUUUGCAUACUUCAAACCUACCUCCCAGUCCCCACUGGUACUGGAUCUCAUAGCAGCUGCCAUAUAUUCAGUAGUACCCCCCAUGAUGAAUCCCAUCAUCUACAGCAUGAGGAACAAGGAGAUCCUUGCUGCUAUGAAGAAACUGGCUCAUUGUCAGUUCUUCAGUGCCCUCCAGGUGCCCUUCCUUUGCCAAUGA